AUUCAAUGUUUUUAGUCGUUUCCUCUUUUUAAAAUUUGUGAUGAAAUAUACAAGGAAUCUGAUGGGAUUCAAAUGAUGUGUUACCGUCAACUGAUGAUAUCUGAGGCUUUACUCAAAGAGGAAAUCACCGCCUAAAACCUAGUUUCACAGCAUGAGACACUUCAGCAAAACAUUGUGAGGCAGAAGCCACACACAGUGCUUUCCCUGGAAAGAGAGAUGUGCUUCCCUCUGAUCUUUUGUGGGUGGAUGAUGUUUUCUUCAGUCUUUGCUUUUGGUGAUGUGGCAGUGAAUCGCACGAAACCGUUAUGUGUCAAUCGCGGACAGUCAGCCAAAAUCAGAUGCAACUACAGCCGAACAAAUGACACAGAGAGUAUGACAGCAGCUCUGCAAACAUUAAAUCUUACACUGUGUUCAUAUUACUUUUUUCACGAUACAUGGAAAGAACACCAUUGCAAAGAUUCUGUCAGAUUCACAUGGAUUCCAGAGACUAAGGACAUGACGUUUGAACUCCUAAAUCUCCAAAUUCAGGAUACCGGCACAUACACCUGUUCUGUGAAAAGGAUUGUAAAACCACCUGAAGUGGAUCUCGGAGUUCAAAGAGUUCAAGUAAUUGUGCGUCCCGUCUUGUUGCUGUCCUGUGUUAAGAGGCCUGAUGGAUCUCUCAUGAUUCUGUGCUCUGUGGAAUUUUACCCUGAUUCUCUUGAACAGAUGUGGAUCAGAGAUGGAGACGUCCUCAACAGCUCAUACUCAAACAAAUCAUUCAAUGGAUCCUUUAGUCACCAAUCAUACCUUAUAUUGCCACCACAAACUUUCAAUGAUACAAUCUACUCCUGCUGGGUAAACCACCCGUCUUUAAACAAACCACUCGUGGCCAAUGUAUCGAGCUCUGUCUGUUAUGAAAGUGACGGUGUAACUGUGAUUGUGACAGUAGUGUUUGUCAUGCUGAUAGUGACACUGACUGUCUUUUUGAUCGCACUAGUCAUAUGCAAACAUUACAGAAGAACAUGUCAGCAGUCUGUGAGUGUUACAGUUGAGGCUGUCCUCCCUGAUCCCCUGCAGUCUGAGAUACUGUACUCGACACUGGGUGACCAUCAUCCAGUCCGCUGCAGCCCUUCCGAUGUCCGAUCAAUUGCAUAAUAAACACUGAAUGAGCAAAUAUUACAAUGUUAGAUUUGUGCAUAUCUCAUUGUUAUCACAGUGGUUUUUAAGUGGUUUGUUAUGGGGCUGGUUACAUAAACUGCUCUGACUAGUCUUAAAGGGCACCUAUUAUGCAAAAUCUACUUUUACAUGGUGUUUGGACAUACAUGGGGCAGUUCUGGUCUAAUGGAUAGACAGUCAGACUUGUAAUCUGACAGUCGCGGUUUCGAGUCUCAAGUCCGUCAAGUGUGUUCACGGCAUGUGUGUGUGUGUUAGUUUACUACUCACUGCUGUGUGUGUACUUGGAUGGGUUACAUGCAGACCCCAAGUAUGGCAAACAAUACUUGGCCACACGUCACAUCCUUAAAUGUGUGUACCCUGCAAUGAUAAAAAUCCACCCAGUCC